UUCGUUAGUCUCCAUCACCCAAAAUUAAUCACACAUUCACCACCCAUUACUUCUUUUAGGAUCAUAAUUUUCCAAGAAAACAAGAAAAAGAAAAUCAUUCUGGGUAUAGUAGGAGAAAGAAAAAACAAACCUUGAGAAUCAACCAUGCCAAACAAGUUAAAGAAGGCAAUUGGGGCAGUGAAAGACCAAACCAGCAUCAGCAUUGCCAAGGUUGUUAACACCAAUUCCGCAAGUCUUGAAGUUGCUGUCCUCAAGGCCACCACCCAUGACCAAUACCCCAUUGACGACCGUUACGUUAAACAAAUCCUUGGGAUAAUCUCAUCCAACAAGCUUUAUGCGGCAAUCAGCGCCCAUGCCAUUGCCAAAAGAAUUGGCAAAACAAAGAAUUGGGUUGUUGCCCUUAAAUCUUUGAUGCUUGUUCUUCGAAUUUUUCAAGAUGGUAACCCAUAUUUCCCUAAAGAAGUCCUUCUUGCAACGAAUCGUGGAGCCAAGAUUCUCAACCUCUCCACUUUCAGAGAUGACUCCAAUUCCAGCCCUUAUGAUUACACGGCUUUUGUCAGGUUUUUUGCUUUUUAUCUUGAAGAGCGUUUAGAUUGCUUUCUUACAGGGAAGCUUCAGAGAAGAUUUACGUUCAAAGAGAGGGAAAGUGGCCAUCUAAGAAGCGGUCGAGUUAACCAAGAGCCUGUUCAACAUAUGAAGCCGCCAUUGUUGCUUGAUAGGAUUUCUUACUGGCAACGAUUGCUUGAUAGAGCCAUCGCCACAAAGCCAGCAGGUGCAGCCAAGACAAACCGGCUAGUUCUGGUUUCUUUUUAUUCUGUCGUCCUAGAAAGCUUUGAUCUUUACAGGGACAUAUCUGAUGGACUCGGUAUUCUUUUGGAUAGUUUCUUUCAGUUGCAAUAUCAAUCCUGCGUCAAUGUGUUUCAAUAUUGUGUCCAAGCCACAAAACAAUUCGAAGAGCUUUCUUCUUUUUAUGAUUAUUGUAAGAGCCUUGGGAUCGGCAGGACCUCGGAAUAUCCAAGUGUGCAAAAUAUAUCAGAAGAGCUUAUGGACACGUUACAAGAAUUCUUGAAAGACCAAGCUUCGUUCCCAUCACCUGGGAAAUCCCCAUCUUCUAAUUCGCCUCGUUUGCUUCUUUUCCCAGCACCACCUGCCAAGGAUCCUUCAGAAACUACAGAGGGAGAACCUAAAGCUGGUUCAAAAUGCACAUCCUCGGAAGAUAUGAUCAGUCAGACAGAAUCUGUUGGAACAAUAAGCCCAUCUUUCUCGGUCGGCCAUUUUUCGGAGAUGUCUGAGAAACAGCGUCAUGAACAAGAAGAUAUGUAUAAUGUCACCGAAACUGGUUCAAACCACUCCUUACCCAUUGAUCAAGGGACAAAUGUGACUACAGAUUUUAUAUCCUUCGAUGACUGGCCAAUGGUAGUUACAACCCAAACACAACAAAAUUCAGCAAUAUUGGAUUCAACUAAUGGUGAAAAGGGUUGUUGGGAUGUUGCUUUAGUAGAGGCGCCAGCACAACUACAGGCUUCUCAAAACGUAGCAAAUGAUGAUCACUCUUUCUUUGACAACUGGGUACAACAGGAUCAUAAACAAGAACAAGGUUCUCAAAAUGGAGAAAAUGGUUCCUCUUUUUUCAACAACUGGCUGCAUGAAGAUCAGAGAAAUGAACAAGCUUCUGCCAAGUGUCAUUCAUAUAUCAAUGAAUGGCUACAAGACAAUCAAAAGCAUGAGCAAGCUUCUCACGUUGUAGGCAAUGGCCAUUCGUGUUUUGAUGACUGGUUACAGGAAGAUAAAAAUCUAGAACAUGCCUCUCAAAUUGUAGCCACUGGCCACUCCUAUUUUGAAGAGUGGCCUCAGGAAGAUAAAAAAGAACCCGAAGAACAACAGCAAAAUUCAGCUUCGAAUUGGAACAAUGGUGGUAAGAAAGGUUGGGAGCUUGUGUUUGUAGAAGCCGCAACACAACCUGCACAAGCAUCUGAACAUUUAGCCAAUGGAAUUGAGCCCUCCAUGGAAAACUAUUUAUUUGAUGAAAGACCAAUAGAACCUCAACGCCAAUACAAUCCGUUUCUUGAAGAUGAAACAGAUAUGUCAGCAUCCAUUGCCACCACUACCAAUGACAUUGCAGCUUUUCCUGAUGAGUUCUCAAUGGCACCAACAUUUCAUGCAAAUCAGAGUCCUAAUGAAAUGGCCACACCAACAUUUCAGGCGAUGCCAACAUCUAUUCCCCAGAAUCCUAAUGGGACAACAGCCGCGUUUCAGGAUGAUGAAUAUGACCCUUUCGCUCCAUGGGCGACUAUGAAAGCUAACAACAAUGUUUCUUCUGAUGGUUCAGUAGAUCAACAAAAUGUGUUACUUCAACAAGAGCUGUGGCUGCAGAACCAAAACAAGAUAAUGGCAAGGCAUAUAGUUUGA